AUGUCAGUUUUGGAACGAUAUGGUUCCAACAUCGACCACAAGCCUUUGGAGACGAUCUCCAUCUUGGCUCCCUUUUCGGCACUCAUAAUCUCCAUUGCACUGGUGGUCUUCUUCUUAAUCCGCUACUACAUUCUCGAGGGCUUCCUAAUCAAGUGGGCAUACGGCCCUAUUUACACGGGGCUCGAUGAGGUUAACCGCCGUGGGUUCGUCAACCACCACAUUGCCGGAGUGACUAAGAUUCUCAUCCUGAUUGUCGCCGCUUACCCGUUCAUCAAUGUGACAUUUUGCGAAGGAACAUUCCACACUCGCUUUACUCGUGAAUCUCCGGUCACCAUGGGAGAUCUUCUGAUUGUCGUGGCUCAAUUGCUGAUUGCCAUGUACAUAUUUGAGCUUCUCUAUCGCAUGAAACUAUCACCUGUCGCCGUGUUGCACCACAUAGGCACCAUUCUUAUUGGACAAUCAGCAAUCGCCAUCAGCUUGAGGCUGGUGCGGGAACCGGAUGCUGACGUUGAGUUUAUCCUGUGCACUGUUUGGGGCGCCUUCGAUAUCGUGUCCGAGUUUUUCCCGCACAUCGCAAUCAUCCUCUACCGCAUCUAUCCAAACCGCCACCACUUCCUCAGUCGCGUAUUCCUUCUUUCCUGCCUGACGACAGCAAGCGGUACAUUCUGUGAGACGGUGGUGACAAUGUGGCUGUUUGGCAGUCUCUGGCAUCGCUGGGAGAUCGCUUUCAAGGUCGCCACACCCCUUCUCCACGUUGCUUUCUCGGCUGCCCAGAUCCACGGUAGUUUGGUUUUCUGGAGAAUGUACAGACGACAACAAAGGAACAUGCAGGAUGAGGCCCGAGGCUUGGAAGUCAACGAAGAGGAUAUUGGGGUGGCUCUUGUGGAUUCUGCGACAACUCAGCAGCUCGCUGUACCGGAAAAGCCCUUGCUGCGAGAGGAGGCUACGAAAUGGCCAUCAUAUCGCGAGUGA